GACUCUGUGCUCAUCACUCAGCUGGCUGAGACUAUCCGACUAUUCCGCCAGUUGCAUUCGCACGUCCAUCUUGCCCCGGCCAAAACUAGACCAUUCCAUCCCGAUAGUUCCUCUAUUAGCCGACAUUCAAAUGGCGCUCCAGAACCUGGACAGAUGGCCCAUCAUCAUGACAGCUCUCAGGAUGAGCGCAAUAUUCUUUUCCCAGACCGAGUGUCAAUUGCUCGGAGAGAAUGGGACCAUACUCUUAAGAAUGAAUCCCGGACAGAAAGAGAGACUGGUGAAUGUCUCGCUGGGGCUGGACUCUUAGGCACCAGGAAAAAUGCAUCUGCAGUUGUGGAAGUGCAAAGGAGGCCGGAAGGUUAUCUGCUUGCCGGCUGCCUCGAUGAAAAUUUGCAUCAUCAGCAUCACCAGCAGCGCAAGCACCCGUCGCUUAUCAGUCGUCUCUUGUCCGGUUUAUAUAACACUGGACGUCGGAGACGGCCUUAUCUCGCCUAUUUGAUGCGCACUCGGCAUCAGCUUGCUCUUCUCAAACAACAUUCACUGCUCUUGCGGAAAAGAUCGGAGCAAUCACACCGGCAGUUGCGACAGUAUGUAAUUUCUAUGUGCCUUGCCGACUUCCUUACUCUUCAUGCCGAUCGGAUCUCUGCCUCAAUCGCCCAGCUUACGGGCAGUUCUCGCUCAUCCGUCACUAACAUUGGCAGCAAUAUCGUCUCAUCUCCCUCGUCUUCAUUUCCUCCACCGACAACCUUCAUGCCAAUCGAAUCCCCCUGUGACGUUGUCACUCGCCUACUGGCCGAUCUGUCCGCCAGUCUUGAGCAAACACCUCUUAUGCGUCAGGCUGCUCUCGAACCGGCCUCAAAUGCUGGUUCUAUUCCUGUUGUCAAUAGUAGCUUUUGCCGGCAGUCGACCGAACCUAGCAUCAAUCGGCUGGCCAGGGAUUACUUAGAGCGGCUAGUGAUGGGUCAGAUCUACCAGGUGAUCUUAUGCACAAACGAUGCCUCGGCAGAGCAAGAACGAGAUUUGUGA